AAUUGUUUUUAAUAAUAAUAAUAAUGGAAACUUUGACGGACUUACCAACUGGGCCUCUGGAUGAUUAUCGAAAACGUGCAAGUUUCAAUUGGAAAUCAUUGAAAGUUCAUCUGGAAGGAGAAGAAAAUGUGAGACUUCAGGCAAAAUUAUGGAAUUUGAUUCGUUCACAUCGUGAAUUUCGAAAAUCAAAAAAUUCCCUUUCCUUGAAUGAAACACGACGAAAAUGCAUCAAUCAACUGAAUAUUUUAAUUAAAAAUUUGCCAAGUGAUGUUCUUUAUUGGCCAGUUCAAUGUUUUCAAUAUGAUGCAUCAAUAGCAACUUUAUUUAGUCUCAGAGAAAUAGUUGUGCCCUCGGUGUUAAUGAGUUUAGGAACUGCGCGUCAUGGAGAAAUUUUUGAAAAAAUCAAAACAAGAGAGUAUAUUGGCGCUUUUUCUUUAACGGAAAUUGCUCACGGUACAAAUAUCAAAGGAAUGGAAACAACAGCAACUUAUAAUCCAAAUACAGAAAGUUUUAUUAUUCACACACCAACUUUUAAGGCAGCAAAAUGUUGGGCUGGAAUGAUGGGAAUGACAGCAACUCAUGCUAUAAUUUACGCACAACUAAUAACACCUGAUAAUAUUAAUCAUGGUUUACAUCCUUUUAUUGUGCCUAUUCGAAAUCAUAAAACAUUUUUGCCCUAUAAGGGACUAAUAAUUGGGGAUUUAGGCGAAAAAAUUGGUCUCAAUGGAGUUGACAAUGGAUUUAUUAUUUUCAAUCAAUAUUCAAUUCCAAGAAUAAAUUUAUUGAAUCGUCACGCAGACGUUAGUGUUGAUGGCAAAUAUAUUGCUCGUAUAAAAAAUGAAAGUAAACGUCUAGGAGCAUCUUUAGGAUCGUUAUCAAGCGGAAGAAUUGGAAUCUCAUUAAUUUCCACAAUGUAUCUUGCGGUGGCUGUAAUUAUAGCAAUUCGAUAUUGUUCAGUGAGAAAACAAUUUGGAUUUUCUUUAACUAAUGAAUGGCCAGUAAUUGAAUAUCAAGUUCAGCAAGGACGACUCUUACCUCAUUUAGCGUCUGUUUACGCUUUCUCGAUAUUCUCCUUUUGGUUGAUAAAAAUAAGUGAAGAUUUCACAUCACAAAUAAUUGGAGAUGGUGAUCAAGAUGAGCUCAAUUCAUUGGGAAUGGAAAUUCAUGCUCUAUCAUCAGCUUCAAAGCCUCUUUCCACUUGGACAUCACGAGAUGGAAUUCAAGAUUGUCGAGAAGCUUGCGGUGGUUACGGAUAUCUAAAAGCUUCCAGAUUAGGUGAAAUGAAAUCAGAAAUCGAUGCCACUUGUACUUAUGAAGGAGAAAAUAAUGUUUUAAUUCAACAGACAAGCAAUUGGCUAUUGAAUCAAUGGGAAAAUGUUUUAAAGGGCAGUGAAAUUGUUUCACCAUUAAAUACAAUAAAAUUUUUAGAAAAAGCCAAUCAAAUUUUAUCCUUAAAAUUCAAUUGCAAUAAUAUUGAAGAAACAAUGGAACCUAAUAAUCUACUGCUAAUCUAUAAAUGGCUAAUUUGUAAUUACUUGAAAAAAACUCACGAAAGAAUUGAAAAUUUACGAAAAAAUGGUGGCAACAAUUUUACAGCGAGAAAUGAUUCACAAAUGUUUUUUGCAAAAACUCUUUCUUUAAUUUAUGCAGAGCACAUCGUGAUUCAAAGAUUCUUGGAGAAAAUAAACGAUUCAAUUUUCAAUGAAUCAGAAAGGGAGAUUUUGUUAAAAUUAUGCUCAUUAUAUGCCGCUUGGUCAUUGGAGAAAAAAUUGGGCGACAUUUAUGCGGGAGGAUUUGCAAAUUUUAAUUCACAAUUGGAAACUUUUCUUCGUGAGGGAAUAAUAAAAAUUAGCAAAUCUUUGGUCCAUGAAGCUGUGUCUUUAGUCGAUGUUCUUGCACCUCCGGAUUUUAUUCUCAAUUCUCCGCUUGGAAUGUCUGACGGCGAAAUUUACAAACAUCUGGAAGAGAUUCUUUUGAAAAAUGCUUCAAAUUUAAAACGAGUCGCUUGGUGGAAGGAAAUUAAAAAAUCCAAAUUAUAAAUAAAUAUUUUAUAUGAUAAUUAGAUUUUUUAAAUGUUAAUUCAGUAAAUAAAUAUAUUAGAAAUACAUAAUAAAAUUAGAGAUUAGAAAUAUGAAAAAAAAUUCUCUCUAAUGUGAAAUUAAUUUUCC